UUAGAUUUAAAUUUUCUUGAAACUUUAAAAAAUAAUAAUGGUAAUGUCGUAAGUUCAUACGCUAUUAUUGCCAAUACAAAUACAAAUGAUGUCUUUAAAAAGCUCAUUUUUAUAAAUUGUCCUAGUUGUAAUCAUUCAUUUUUAGCAACACCUUAUAAUACAAUUUUGCACGAUGACGACGAACAAGAACUUGAAAACUUAUUUAGCAAACUUGAAAAAAAGCUUGAAGAUUUAAUGGAAGCAAAAGAAAAGCCUGUAUUUAGCAAUAUUUACGCCUUAAUUCCAUAUAAAAUUUCGAAAAUCGAAAAACUGCAUUUAGCAAAAAUAAGUAAAAAUCAAUACAGUAAAUUUCAAAGAGUAAAAAAAAGAAUCGAUGAUUUUAUCAUUGGUAUUUUUAAACAACUUAUUCAUCAACAAAUAUCAUGGCAUCGAUAUAUUUUAAUUGACAAAGUUUUAAAAUUUACUAUUCAAGUUUUUGUCUUUAUUAAUGAACACAACUCUUUUGGAAGCGGAGCGUUUUACAAGCAACCUUUUUUUGAUGAUAGGCUUAAACAUCAAAAAUAUAGAUUUACAACUAUUUUUUCGGGUUCCGAUUUUUUAGAUAUGGUUAAUUUAACAAAAAAAAUACUAAACCAAGAUCAGUGUUUUUACCAUAAGAAAGAGGAUUUAUUAAACAAAUAUCUUAAAGGUUUAUGCGGCCGUAUUGAAUACAUAUCUAAAAAUUUAAACAAGUAUACUAGUGAUUUAGAUGAGCUUGACAAUUUUUACAUGAAAUUAAGAAAAGUAAAUUUUUAA